AUGUUUACAGCAAAGAAAGCUAAUCAUUACCACGUUCUCAAAGCACCACGACGUAGACAACAGGUCAAUGCUAUCCGCCCCGGCGACAAAGCGUACUACUUGCCCUCCACCGUGACAUGGGCGGUACCGUUUUUGCGAGACCAUUGGAACUCGUUAGCAUAUGCGCUGGGACCACGCCUGAUCCUUGGCGUUCGAGAAUACCACGCUAAGCUCGUGGCCAACUCCGACGCAGUAUCUGCUAUGACCUCGAUCGCUUUCCAGGAGCGCGUGCAUGUAUCGACUAGCAGUAGUGUGUGA